AUGAUAUUCGUUGGGCGACAUUUCCAGUAUUGCCACAACUUUUCGAGUUGGAUCUUAGUAGCUGCAAUAUCGAAUUUUUAACUGCAAAUAUAUUUCGAAACAUGACAAAGUUACGUAAGCUUUUUAUAUCACACAAUAAAAUGAUGACUAUUCCAUCCGAUACCUUCCAAUAUAUAAGUGGACUUCAAUAUUUGGAUCUAUCUUUUACAAAUGUUUUAGACUUUAAUUAUAACUUGCCUUUGCCUACAAUUGAAGCUGUUAUUAACCUAAUUUAUGGAGUAAAAAUUCAAAAACUUACCUUUAAGUUCUUACCGAACUUGUUAUACCUGGAUUUGGGACAUACAAAAAUAACCAGAAGCAGUGCUGUAGCUUUCGCUCAUUUAAGUGAAAAACUGAAGUAUUUAAGUUUAUGCUACACCUCAUUUCCAAUGGUUGGAAGUGCUAUUUUUAAAAAUACAGCUUUAGUUGGAAUUGAUCUCUCUGGUAAUCCAUACGCUUCAUAUAAUAUAAUUGAUGAUGCAUUUGAUGGCGUUGCAGAUACGUUAAAAUAUUUGUUCUUUGAAUCAUCUAAUAUAAAGGAUUUAAACUGGUUAAAGGGCUUACGACAAUUAAAUGUUCUCGGCUUAUCUGGUAAUAAUUUAAAUACUAUUACGACAGAUGUAUUUAAUACACUUAAAAACUUAAAAUUUCUUGAUUUGAGUGCAAACUACAUCGGAAAUUGGUACACUCGUGCAUUCACUGACAAUCUAAAGCUAAGGGUAUUAAAUCUUCGUGGAAAUAAUAUUAACAUAUUAACAUCAGAAAUGUUAAAGGAUUUUCAGUUAUUGGAUUAUCUUAGCCUUGGUGACAAUAACUUUGUUUGUGAUUGUCUCUUGCGAGAAUUGGUUGAUAUUUCUGCAGCCAAUAAUAAAGAAGCGGAAUGUGCCCGUAAUUUAAUUGAAGACGCUCAAGAUUUUAUAAUAAAAAACUCAAGUUUCAUUAAUAAAUACAUAUCAUCAAACUUAACUCUUGGUAUGCGAAGUGUUAUGGGAAGAACAAAUUUCGCGACUAAUUACACUCUUAAUGCAAAUGAUUUCAUAGAUUUUUCUCAUUAUAUAACGAAAAGAUAUUUUACUUCAUUGAAUCGCAGUUUUCAUAAUAUUAAGCAAUAUGAGAUUGCAAAAAAACAACAAAAAUUUCGUGUUAUUCCCCAUUUUUUUCGAGUGCUGCGAUCUGACACUUCCGCUCAAUGUUCAGGUUCUGAACCAGUUUACAUAUAUGAUAAAUUGAAUGGCACAACUCUGAAAUUUCAGCUGCUAGAUUAUGAAGACACAGACUAUUAUUGUUUUAAUGAAACACAACGAAUGAAUUUCGGUGAACUUAAUUGCGUUUCUCAGGUGUUUGAAGAUUUAACUGACCGAUUACAGACUCUUAUGAAAACUAUUAUAGUUUGUGUUUCUACUUUAUUAGGACUAUCAUUACUUGGUAUAGUGAUAUACUACAAACGGUGGCAUAUUUAUUAUUAUUACUCAUCACUUAAAUCGGCAGCACUAGUAUCAGAAGUUACUAAAGAUAAUAUUGAUAAAUUGAAUGCUUUGGCUAUAAACGAUCCUAAUCUUGUAUACGAUAUAUUUAUAAGUUAUUGUCAAAAUGAUCGGCAAUGGAUUUUGGAGGAAUUGUUGCCAAAUGUAGAAGAAGUCGGUGACCUUUCCAUUUGUAUGCACGAACGAGAUUUCGAGGUUGGGAUGACAAUUCUGGACAACAUAAUUUCAUGCAUGGACCGUUCUCGAGCAAUGAUGUUAAUUAUAUCUAGUAAUUUCCUUUUAAGUCAUUGGUGUCAAUUUGAGAUGUAUUUAGCUCAACAUAGAAUUUUUGAAGUCAAUAAAGAGCAUUUAAUACUGGUAUUUUUGGAAGAUAUACCACGUAACAAAAGACCAAAGAAUCUGCAAUAUCUAAUGGAAGUAAAAACGUACAUUAAGUGGCCAUCGCUCUCAGAAUGUAAGCAGUCAGAUUCUGAAGAAUGCAAAAUGUUUUGGAAACGAUUAAAAAAGUCAUUACAAAGAAUUGUAUCUACACCUAGAUAAUUGCAAUUCACCCGACUUCAUUUUAUUUGGUUAUACAAACUUAAUUUAACAUUAGUAUAUUUAUUGUGAUAUCAAUUUUAUUGUUAACCCAUUUGACUAACAUAGUGGAUGUUCAAAGUUUUGAUCUCUUAGAAAUUAGAACGUCCUAAAAUUAUUACCUGAUUUUGUCCUGCAUUAAUGCAAGACAAAAAAGUUUUCCUUCUUUCUUAUUUUUAAGUACAUUGCUCAUAAACUUCAAAAUAAAAAUGCGGAAUCAUCAUACUAAUUUUUCUUUCUGCGACUGUUAAAAACAUUUACUUACUAAAAGAGUUCAAAAAAGGCGCGUUAUUUCUUCCUAAACAUGUCUUUCGGCACUAUGUAAUGACAUAGUUACAUCAAAUAUGAGUUCAAAACAAGAAGCAU